UCGUAACAGCGGUCCAGCGCGCGUACGCGUCAGCGAGGAGAACAUUGGACAGAAGGCGGCAGGAAGACGGCUAAAGCCCGGUAUCGGUCUGUUCUGAACCCCCGAACACAAAACGAACCGAGAUGUCAGAGGAAAAGCCAAAGGAAGGAGUAAAGACGGAGAACGACCACAUCAACCUCAAAGUUGCAGGUCAGGAUGGAUCAGUCGUCCAGUUCAAAAUCAAACGACACACGCCGCUCAGCAAACUAAUGAAGGCGUACUGCGAACGACAGGGUCUUUCAAUAAGGCAGAUCAGAUUCAGGUUCGAUGGCCAGCCAAUCAAUGAGACGGAUACACCCGCACAGCUGGAGAUGGAAGAUGAAGACACCAUAGAUGUUUUCCAGCAGCAGACUGGCGGGUGCUGCUAAGCCCGACCACCCACCUCACUGACGGCCGGCCAUGUUCAAACCAUGCCCUAAACCACCUUCACUGUCUCUCCCUCCCUGUUUGCUCCUGCCAGCUUAUAAUUAUUGUUAUUAUUAUUAUUAUUAAUAUUAUUAUUUUUUUCUUUUGAAAGACAUUCUUUGCCUGAUGUGUCGGUGCUCGUCAGCUGUUUAUUUUACUCUUUUAGUCAGGACUGAAGUUGAGUGUUUUCAGUCUUUGCGGCUGGCCGGUCAGGACCACCUCGUCCUUGUCCGGUGCUGCAGAUUGUAAUCGGACCAACGACUCUCCACAGAAACUACUGUUUCGGCUCUGCUUCCAGCGCGUCAGAGUGUGGGGCUCUGCAGGUGUUUGUUUUUUUUGUCCAGGGGUCGCAGUCAGUGGGGCGCGUUUUUGAAGGGGUAACACCGUCUGAACUGAACACCCACCUGCUUGCUAUUUCACUUUUAUUUCGUUUUGUUUUUGUUGAGCAGAUGUAUUUAGGUAUAUUUACAUUUUAGGUGCUUCUGCAUUGUUUUUGUACUUUUUAUUUCAUUUUUUUUGCCUUCCAUUUAAAAUUAUAGUUUGUUUUUCCUUCCUGUAUAGAAAUAUCCAAAUGGGUGUUAGAUUAGUUGUGAGGUUAAGAACAAUACUCCAAAGACAGAACAUCUGCUUCUCUUUAAAUGUAUGUUUCUCUAAUUGCAAGGUUAAAACGGUGUCAUUAGAUCGUUAGUGUUCUGCUCCCUGGCUUCUAAUAGAGAACAAUCUGUUGUACAGAUUGCCAUUUGCUCAGGCGAAAUGCUCGAUCAGGGGGUUAAAAACAAGUCUAUGCCAUCGAAGUAGGCUUAGUUUUGGCUGUGUCUUGGUAACAAAUGCAUCUUUUUGCUCUUUAUUUUUUAUUUUUCGUCUAUUAAGCGGACAGCGGCUCCGAUUGGGAGUUUGGCUGCGGGCGAACCGUUUCCGACUCGAGUGCUGUUUUCGCCGUCGAGCGGCUUCCACUUUGAGCUUAGGACAUCUAGCCAAAGCAGAUUGUUGUAAGCACAUCACUUUUCUACGAUGCAUCACCUGCUGAGAUGCUGUGUUAAAAACAAAAUGCGCUCUGCUGCCGUUGUUGGAGAAGAUCUCUCAGAUGAGUCUGGCGUUUAGGAGAGCGUGACGUUGGUGCGUUGCUUCAUAUUUGUAGAGCGGGAAGGUCAUUCCCGGGGUCACAGAGUUGCUUACUUUUGAUCCUUUUACCGUCGCAAAUUUGGAUCUUUCAGUAUGGAGUGAAAUAAGCAGAAUGCUUUUUGAACGAGCUGGAAAUCUGCAAAAAAAAGCAAACCCCGUUUGGAGUCUUGUUUAGUCUCACGGAUGCUUUUUGAGGUUUAACGCUCAGAAAACGGGUUAGUUUUGUUUUUGUACCUGAGCAGGUCCGGUUUCAUUUGGAACAAGACGGCCAAACAAAUGACCGCAAAUCUCCUUCCCUUCUUCCUCUAGCCUGCCAGAAAGCCAUUUCCCUUUUAUAUUAAACUGUUCACAUCCAUCUUAUUCAGCUGUAUUUUUGUAUGCAUCCUUUUUAUCAGUCGAGUAAGUGGCGGUAUCCAUUUUUUUUUUAAACGAAUAUAUAUAUAUAUAUAUACUUGCCAUCUGCUAUCAGAACUCUUCAUUUUACUGUUUAAGUUCACAAAUGACUCCCGAACAGCCGUCUUUCCCCAUUGGAUGGCGUGUUGGAAGAGGAGUCAAGUCUUUGUGCGACGCGUCUCGGCACAAAUCAUUUACUGAUUGUGAAUUUAGCUUUCGUCACAAAUAUAAGAGCACAUUUUAUCAGUACCUACAAAUCAGCCUUCCACAUUCUUUGCAUUUUAACAACUGGGUUUAUCUGGACAGAAGUCUUUUGUGGCGGCUGGCUGAGCUACACUGUUAUGUAUGAAGAAUGGGGUCCAGGUCUUGUCUUGUUUGUUUUUCUCUACUUGUUUGUACAUUAUUUGUGGUCUUUUACUACUGUAUACAAUAAAUAUAGUUUGGUACUCAGA